AGCAGCGAAAGGGCCAGAGGAAGGAGUGGGCGCUACCCAGAAGGGCGCCUCCUCGCCGGGGCUGGAGGCUGGCUAGGGAGGGGCCGACCCACUGGGGCGCUACUUGAAUCCGGGUGGCGUCCGCGCCCUGUCCAACUCCGCGUCAGCCCGUCACCUUGUCUCGUCGCUAGGAUGCCUCGGAGGGCGCCGGUCGUUCUCCUGCUGCUGUUGCCCGCCCUCUGCUCGGCUCGACCUAGCACCGGUCUGCUGCCUCUUUCCCAGGGCAAGAUCGAUGCCUCUGAGUCGCAAUUCUUGCGGGUCGCCCAGACGGCCGUCCAGUAUCUCAACUACCAUCAAGGCUCGCCCAGCUUUCUCCGGAAAGUCGUGCACCUCGCGAAGACCUCGGUCAGGAAUAUCCCAGGAGUUGGACAUGAGUAUUCCCUGCGGUUUUAUACAAAACACAUUCAAACUGGGCAAAACCUAGGAAAAUGCAGUGCAAUUGUACUCUACAAGAAGAAAACGUGUAAGCCGAUGAUUGAAAUCAGUUGCACAGACAACAGAGAUCCACCCCAAAUCAAGAAGGACGACUACAACCUAUUUACAAAACUUAAAGCCACAUCAUCAUCAGAUGAAUUAAAAUAUUUCGCCAACAUUGGCAGCGGUUACAUUGGGUGGCAGAAAUCGAGUGAAAAUGUGGGUUACAUCAUGAAGGAAAUCAAAGAUGUAAAGAAAACCGAACGUGGUGACACACUUGAAUUUGACUACACCGUUUUGAUGGGUAGUGAUGUCUCAGAGGAUCUUUCCUGUCAUAUGCAUAUUACCUGGAACCUGGAGCUGCCAAUAAAAGUGAAAUAUGAGUGUUUUUCAGAAGACAGUUCUGCAGAAUCCGCAGAUAGCUCUGGGGAAGAGUCAGGUUCCUAUGAAUAUUUCGUUGAAACUAAUUUUUAAGUAGGGAGGAAAAUCCUUCCGUUUGAUGCAGUUGUAAACAUUUUUGCAAAGGUGUGGCACAUCUUUUGUUAACAUUCCAAAUUCAGUAUUGAGAAUCUUCUAUCUAAAUCAAUGCAAUCUGCCUGGAAGCUUUGCACUUGUCACUUCUGAUCUAUCGUAAAUAUCGGUUGGUUACUUUCAUAGAAAUAUUCAUUUUUACAGAUAUUUCUAUUAUAUGGGAAAACUGCUGAUGUGUCACUAAGUUUCUGACCUUAGAAGUAACUCAUUAUAAGGUAUUUUUAAAUAUAUAUGAACAAAGGCCUUUGAAAAUUUUAAAACUGCCAUUUUAAAUAUUUGAUAAAAUAUUUUUAAAUUUUGGAAAAUAUUUGAUGCUUAGAUUUAACUUAUCUUCAAUAAAAGGACAAGAAUA